AAGGCUACGCACGCGACUGCAGGCGCGAGUUGCGAAUUUGCGGGGGAGAAUAUGUGCGCGUGCAUGAAAAGUUCAUUUUCGUGCAUAAUUCUUUUUACAUGCGUUCGCGUAGUAGUCUAUAUGUCAAGCUUUGCGUGUUGUGCAUCAUCGUAUGUGUGUUGAUUUGGCGCUAUUCAAGAAAAAACGGCGAACCUGCGGUGGUAUGUUGGGAGGACGUGACUGAUGCCGAGAGGUUUUCGUGCAGGCCCGUGUGUCCCAGCGGCACCUUUGGACUCCCUGGGAUGUCUGAAUGUCACGAUCUGUUGUCUUGCAAGGAUAUCAAGCAUGACGUUCACGUACUGGACUUGCUAGCGUCGGGCACUGUAAAGAAUGUAUACAUUGCGAAAUGGAAACAUCACACUGUGGUCCUGUCAAAUUUGACUGAAGCUCGGCUUGAGCCAGACUUUCAGCACAAUUUACUGAUGUACCAACUUUUAGGCAAUGUUGAUUACACACCUCAAUAUAUUGGAUCCUGUAACAACACACUUGUCGCAGAGUACUUCACUCUUGGUUCUGCUGCAGAGUUGCACAGCCUUUUCGACACAAAACUUGUUAGGUACAACAUCCUGUCACGACGCUUCUCCCUGUGCCUCAGCUAUGUUACCAUCCUGAAGUAUCUCCAUACCCACAGUCGUGUUAUGUGCGACUCAAACACAUUGUUGAAGACACUGUCACAAUACUUGAUUUACCCUGACCUGACUUUGCGACUCAAUGACAUGGACGCACUGCCGUAUGCCACUCAAACUGAUAUGGCUGCCUGCGGUUCACCACCACUGCAAGGAGAAUUGCUGGCACCAGAACAGCGAGGAAGUCUGCUGCACGAAUCACUGUGCACAACAGCAUGUGAUAUUUGGAAGAUUCCAGAUGUCUGUCUUUGGUUUCUGGGGAAGACGCAAGAAGCUGAAAGUUUUAAGUUUCAUCUGUUCUCAGUUCAUCGCCGAUGCAAGCUGCAUCAGCCAGAACAGAGACCCAGUGCAGAGCAAGUUCUGAAAGACUAUGAGAAAAUUUGGCAGGAGUGGAUGCGGGGUCUUUAAAUUGAACUGUGAUAUCAGAUAGCCUCAGAUAGUCACCUAGUGGACAUGUUCAUUUCGUCCGCUGCUGAAGUUAUGCUUGGCUGGGCUGGGGUACGCAUGAGAAGGCGACAGGUGCCCCUGGCCAGUCAGCACUUGAGCAGCAGACGAAAUAGACAUGUCUACUAGGUGGACGCUUACAGAAUACCUUCUCUCCAAGACUACAUUUGUCAAAGACACAUGGUAUACAGUGGUUACAGCAGCUGUGGAUUGGAAAGUUCCUGUUUGCCAAGCGUGUGGUAAUGCACGAGUUGUGGCUGUAGCUUGAUUGUGAUUGCAGCGUAAGCAUCAAGUAAAUGGAUGAUUUAUUGAACAGCUCUUUGCUUGUAAAGAGACCUGCAUUUGUUUUAAUAUGAAUUUCUACAUAGAGGAGUACUGACGUAACAUUUUCAACUUAUUCUUUUGCAUUAAAUGAAGGUUCAAGCCCUCCUAACUUUAUAAAAAACACUAGCAAGCGCCAGAGCACUAAUUUACUAUAACACCUCUUUCUACGAACCAAUUUUAGUUUCAGUAGUUGCGAGACACGCAUGUCGUGAAGUCACAAUCCACUGCCUCGCUCCGUUCUUGUGAUUGCUGUUGCUGCCGCGUGUGAGCAAGUUCUGAAGAAACAUGCAGCACUCGUGCUAACUUUUUAUUGGAAACAACAUCAUAUCUAUCCUUAUUGCACCCAACAUUAGCAAAUUAUGCUCUGUGUCAUGACAUCAUAAUGAUGCUAAGUCCAGCAUUUAAACGCAAUUUUAGUAUUAAAAUAUAAGUGUUUCCAAACCUUCGCAAUUGCUAAGUGUGAUUCUUUUAUGUGCAAGAAGUGUGUAGCAGAGUUUCUACAACUUGUAAAAUAUGUGUCAGUACCUCUCUAAGCUUCCACUUUGCUACGAAAUGAUUAAACCUCCUCCUGGAUGGCUGCAGCUGCAUCCGAGAAUACCUCGACUGUGGAAACAGUGAGUUUCAAACUUUCCAGAGCCUGCCACCUAUGUUAAAAAAUAUGCUAACAUGUUCUGGUGUAAAUAUCUGCCCUGGCAUACUUACUGGGAUUGCGAAAUAAAGCUGAUGAGUGAUUUUUGUAAACAACCAUCUGACUUUGGAUAGUACCAAACAAUGUGUGAAAUUCAUUGUGCUGCUGUUGCAGCUUGAUUUAUAAGCUUACACUUGUGGCAUUACAUGAGCUAUGGGACUGCAGUCGAUUAAAUGCCAGAUGUCUGAAGAGAGGAACCUUGGAAUGGCUGCAAGAUAGAACAAUUUCAGUGUGCAGGAAAUUUCUGCCAAGGGUUGAAUCGGCCUUCCCAUCUUUUGUUGCAAGCAUUUAUUCACCUGUCUUGAUUGUCUCAUGAUAACUGAUGUGUAAUGAUAGAUGCAUCAUCUUUCUGUCGGUGGUUAUGAUAACUUGGUGUUCAGGGAGGGUAUUCUGUCGGUGUCCACUAAGUGGACUGUCCAUUUCAACAUGCACUGAAUGGAUAGAGCUUGAGAAUCGGUGGUGACGAUUGGUGCCUGUUCUACCGGCUCUGAGCUCUAUCCAGUCAGUGUGUGCUGAAAUGGACAGUCCGUGAGUAAUAUCAAAAGGAAUGCCGAAAUUGGCACUCGCAAGGCUGCAGCAAGGCAUGCAGUACUUUGGGCUAAUUUGUCUGUUAUAAUGGCAAACUGAUUAGCACUAGAACAACAAAACAGUGCAACAAAACAGUGUUUUUGCACUAUGCAUCUCUUGUCCUAGUGCUAAUAAUUUUCCCAGUAAGCCACAGCAGCUCAACUUCUGUACCAAAACUAAGCUCCACAUAAAUGUUCAAAGGGAAAGCUGUUACGU